UAUUCAAUCCAAAAUCAUCAAUUUUGUCUCAAAAACAUUUAAACACACAAAAACUUUCAUUGGGCGUUGAACGUUUUGCACUUACCGAACUUUUAUUUAAUCCCAGUGAUGUAGAAAUUGGACAAAUGGGAAUAGUUGAAGCAAUAAAUAAUUGUUUAUCUAAAUUCCCUAAAGAAAUUCAAUUAUUAAUGGCCGCAAAUAUUGUAUUAAUUGGAGGAAAUUCACUUUUUGCUGGGUAUCUUGAGAGGAUGUAA